GACCUCCAUCUAAACCAAAUCUUUCGGCUUCGUGUUUAUACUCUCCGCUCACUAUAAUACAAUGGGGAGCGCUUUGUUUUCCAUCAUGAACGCGCCUGCAUCUGUUUCACGCGCAGCGCGUCUCCGCCAAGUCCUCAGUGAGAUUGCGCAUGCGUUAACGGCAGCAUCUGUCUCCUUUUUCUAUUUAAUGCAGCAGCAGGUAAGAGCAGCGCUUACCUGCUCUCCUGAUGUCAUGCUUUCCAGAGCGGGAAUGAUGGUAGGGGUGUCCGCUCAGAAGAUAAGUAAGCACAUCACCUUUCUGGUAAAUGACGUAGCUCCGACUCCAGCCUCUGCUGAUUCACCUACUCAGCCAAAACCGUUGUUGCUGUUGUUGCCAUGGCUGGGCUCAAGACCGCAGGCCAUCGCCAAGUACUGUGACAUUUACAUCCGAACAGGCUUUGAUAUACUUGUUGUGGAAAGUGAGGUGAGACAGUUCUUAUGGCCUCGUUGGGGGCUGGAAUACGGUGCCCAUGUGCUUGAAUUAUUAGAAAGUGAACGCUUUUCUCAGCGCCCCCUGCUGGUUCAUGCCUUCUCCAUAGGGGGAUACACGUUCAGUCAGGUGCUCGUUCAUGUGGCUAAAGACGCUCAGCGCUGCCAAGAGCUGACAAACAGGAUCAGGGGUCACAUCUACGACAGCUUGGUCAUGGGUUCAUUGGAUCACAUGGCUGUCGGUCUCGGUAAGACCAUGUUCCCCCGGUUGGAAGGUCUCGUGAGGAGGACUAGUCUUCUGUACUUCCAUGUCUUUAAACACCAGACAGUCAACUAUUUCAACAUAGCGAUCAGUAUGUUCAGGAACACUCCUGUGACUUCUCCUGCUCUGUUCCUCUUCUCGGAAAAUGAUGUGCUGUGUGAUUACAAGAGUGUGGAGGAGUUGGUGGAGUUAUGGAGGAGUCGGGGCAUGACUGUGGAGAGCAAGAAAUGGGAGAAGUCGAUUCAUGCGGGUCAUCUACGUACCCACCCUCAGGAAUAUCUGUCCAUUCUGGAGAACUUUGUGAAUUCUCUCAAUAUGGUGCCAAUGAAGGCCAAAAUGUGAAAUUUGAGAUUUUGCUGUCUCAAUGGUUAUCACUUGUUUUAUAAAUAUAUCAAAUUAGCCUGAAGUGCCUGGUUCUUCAGAAUAAAAAGACAUUUUUGUUUGUGUUCUUGGUUCAAGUAGUACUACAGUAUGUCAGAUUGCCUCUCUUGAAUUUGUUUCUCAACCCUCAUCAGUUUUUCCAAAAAUAUUUAUAUAGAACAUUGAAGUGCUUUAUUACAAAAAUAUCUGUAGUACUGCAGUACAUACUGUAUGUGAGUCUUUUGUUUUAUGUUACUACAGAUGAAGGUGCGGUACAAGCCUUUUUAAGCUGCAAUUUCCAAUCAAUCCAGACCUCAAAGUUACUGUUCAUUUUUAAUGGCUAUAUCAUUAUUAUGUAAAUAUUUAUGAUAGUCUGUUGUUAAUAGUUAAUCAUAAAAUAUGACACACAGUCACAGCUUGGGUAGUUCAUCUGUUUUAAACAACCAACCUGACAGCUCUUUUAUUUUUGAAGAUUAUUUUUAUUAACACAAUUUGUUUGCAACCAUAUGAAAAACAACUUUACUAUACAGACUUGGCAAUAACAACUUUAACUGAAAUCUAAUGAUAUUUAUAAAUUUAUAUAUAAUGUGUCAGCACUAAUAAGUCUAUGCAGUUAUUUGCUGUGUAAAUACAUUUAUUUUAAGUAUGAUUGUAUAAGUAUGCUAAAUCCAAUUAAAUAAGCUAUAAUAUUUUUGCAUUAUGUGGAAAAAUAAAGGAUUUAUUUAAAAUUACAA